GGUCGAACACUGCUACUUAAACAGCAGAGUUCGAGUGUAGUCAGGUUUUCUUUAAGUUCGUUACUUCUCAGUUGUAUCAGCGUGGCGGCAGACAAGCCUAACAAUGUUCUAUGCACAUUUUGUACUGAGCAAAAAGGGUCCUUUGGCCCGUAUAUGGCUAGCUGCUCAUUGGGAUAAAAAGCUUACCAGGGCGCAUGUUUUCGAAACAAAUAUCAGUUCUAGCGUCGAGGCAAUUUUAGAGCCAAAGUUAAAAAUGGCAUUAAGAACUUCUGGACAUUUAUUAUUGGGUGUAGUGAGAAUCUACUCUCGUAAGGCUAAAUACCUACUAGCUGAUUGCAAUGAGGCGUUCGUUAAAAUUAAGAUGGCAUUUCGUCCAGGCGUUGUCGACCUUCCAGAUGAAGCUAAUCGCGAAGCUGCUAUCGCAGCUAUCACUUUACCAGAGAAUAUUCAUGAUUUCGAAGCAACUAUAGCCGAUCUCAAUGAGAUAAAUAUGAACACUAUAGCAAUAAAUCAAAGUCGUCCGGAAGAUAUAACUAUGCGUGAAGAUUUUGGUGAAAUUAAUCUAGGACGACAAGAUGAUGAUUUUGGAGAUUCAGCAUUCGAUGAAGUAUCAAGUCGUGAAAUUAUUCGUGAAGGCGAUAAAACAUUUGGUGACAGUAUUUAUCGUGGAAGUGAUCAUUUGUCAAUGCAUCAUGAUGCUGAUUUCACGUUAAACCCUGAUCAAGAUUUGGAUGCCACUUUAAUCGAUGUUAAACGGGGUGGUAGGCUAUCUGAUGCAGAAAAACCAAUUAAGUCUAUUGAUUCAAUCACACAUCAUGAUGAUAUUGGAAUGGUUGAUAAUGAAUUUGAUGAUGACUUUUUGGCUGAACCGGAUGAUGAUGACGAGAAUUUUGGUGGUCGAAUUGUUCAUUCAUUAUUCACUGAUGGUAUAUUUGAAGAUCCAUCAGCUCAGAAACAAUUAGAAAAUUUAACAUCUGAAAUCGAAUCUCAUAUGGUCACAGGUCGUUUUGAUCUACAUCAUGAUGACAUUACUGCCACUCCAAUUCCAACAUCGAAUAAUGAAGACUUAAUACCGAAUGCCGCCACUGUCAGUAAACCAUUAGACGCUUUUUCUACAGUGUCAACAUCAGUAAAUGAGCUGAUGACAACAACAGCCGCAACAACUGUAGGGAUGACGAUAACUUCUGAGACACCUGGAUUUGUUGCUCCAACUAGUCUACCAACUGACACAACAUCCAGAGUUGGACUAGGGGUUACUGCAAUGACAGAGAGUACAACUUUAAUUGGCAAUGAAUCUGAAGCGUUUGCCUUACCCCCUAUUGAGGCAACAUAUACAACAGUAGGCGUUGAACCAAAACGAGCAACAAAACGUAAACGUCGACUUAUUGUUGAUGAACAAAAGUCAAUUCCAAGCGAAGUUAUGAAAUCUCAAAUGGAGAAUACUGCUGAUAUCACAACUCAAUUAGAUUUGGCACCACCAACUAAAAAAUUAAUGCAUUGGAAAGAGACAGGUAGUGUAGAUAAAUUAUUUGUUCUACCUGGUCGUGCUAUUCCAUCACGUGUACUGCAACGCUUAUUUAUGCGUAAUUUAUAUACUCAGGCUAUUCCAGAUGAUGUUACUGGUACAGGGGAAUCUUUUCAAACAUCUAAUUUACUAUCUAAUCUGUCGUUUAGUUCAACUACCCAACAACAGCAACCGCUUCCUGAUCAAUCGAAUAUGCUAACCAAUUCAGAGCAGGCUUUACAACCAAACACUUCAUUUGAUCAAAGUAUUCAACAGCAACAGUCUACUGAUGUAUCCAUUUCUGAAUUUGGUGAAACAAUAAAAGAUUCAAUGCAAUUACCUCAAAAAUUGGGUCCUAUCUCAGAAAUCCCAGAAGACGAAUCAGGUCCAUUUGCUACUUCACAUGGUGAACAGUCCAGGCCAACACCUGCAACAUCUCAUGGUGCCGAUAAUAAUCAAGAUGAUCUUGAUGAUGAACCGCCUAUGCAUGAUGAUUUAGCAUUUAUGGUAGAACCGGAAACACCUUAUCUUGCACCUCCAAGUAUUUUAUCAGAAGCUCCACCAAGUGUAAUGCAAGUUGAUAUGUUGGCAUUAGAACGUGAAUUAGCCGCAGCUGAUAAUGAAGUUGAUAAUGAAUUAGAAAAUGUAUUUAAAAAUGAUGGUAGAACAUGUGAUGGUUUAUUAUCUGGCAGUGGUUUUCCUGGAUCUGAAGCUCCUCUUUCAGUUGAUGGUUUACCAUUGGAAACAGCUGAGGAACGUCGUUUAGAGAAACGUUCUAAAGUGUUAUUACGUAUGUUACGUGUACAUCAACAACAAUAUGGUUGGAAUGAACCGUUAACAUUACAAGGUUUAUGUCAUGGUAAUACAAAGAAACAAGUAAGUCAAUCUGUUAUUUAUUUAUUUCUAAAUAUGUUUUCUGUGCAUAUGUAAUGGUAUAUUUAAAGGAAAUUCGUAUUUCACCAGUAGAAGAUGCACAAAAUGCUGGUGGCUCAAACUCCAUCUUAUAAAGUUUCAUUUAAGCGGAUAGUGUAUUACUACUGUGUUACUCAAAAUAUGGAGCACACUUUUCCUGCAGAUUGACCAGGUUGUAGAGAAAUUUCUACUGUUUUUAAUUGGAUGUACAAUGAGGAAUAUAUUUACGACAUAUAUCUUAUGAAUAACAAAAAAUUCUCCACCUCUCUGACGAUGACCAGAAUCAAUAGUCAAUAUCUUCAUGAACAUUGGGAUAUACAAUAUCUUCCUCUAUGAUUGACUGGUUUAUUUCUGAAUAUUUAUAGCUCAGAAGAAAAAUUUCGAGAUUCUACAUUGCUAAAUGUGUUGGUCUGUCUAAUUGUUCCAAAAAAUAGUAGCUCAUUGAUAACGUCCCAGACCGUAAAAUAUCUAGUAUUUUCCAAGAUUGUGGAUAUACCGUAAUUGCUCUCACUUUUAUUUCAUUUAUUUAAACACAUGAAUAUUAGUAAUAGGAAGCACCUGAUACAUAUGAGCCACACAAGUCUCAUUUGAUUUGUGUGAGGGCUGUGAUACUGCCCGGUAGCUCAAACUGAAGCAGGUGAUUUUCUUUGGGGCCCACACCCGGAGCCUUCGACCUAAAGGUCAGAUCCACAAGGCAAUGGAGCAUCGUAAGAAGAUGUAGUCCCAUGGUAGCUGGUGACCAACGAUUGAUUCAUACGCCAUUUGUUCCUUUAGGAUACUGUAGCCGAUGCACGCCAUUGGUUUGAAAUCAGGGUUUUCCAAAUCCCCUAGGUGAACUUUCCGUAUCCAUUGACCCAAUUAAAGCGCCGGACAUUCGCUUUUCGUCCUCUCAAUUUUGUAAACAGCAGUAAUGGCACGAGAAGGCAGUGAGUAGGACUUCCCUGGUAGAAGCUGUAUACGCGAGGCAAUAUGAAAGGAUUUCGAGAGGGAGAGCUGACUCUCCCCACUCUCAGCCAUACCAGGGCAUUUGGGGGCAAUUGCUCUCACUAACUGGCAUGAAAUUUUGGUCUGAAAGGUUUAUCUACCUACUUUCAUCAACCUCGUAGUGUCAAAAAAGUAGUUCAAAUGAUGUUGAGACACUAGCUGCCACAUUUUAAUUUGAUCGACCCUGAAUCAUUAGAUAAAUAUGAUGCUACUAACUACUAAGUAAUCAGUCAAUAUUUUUUCGUACUUAUUUACAUUACUUUUCACACUAACAAUAAGUAUUCUGUGUAUGACUUCAUUUUUAUUUCGAAUAAAAACAGAAAUUAUUGUUUUGUUGUAUAUCAUCGAUACUAGUGAUCAGUGUAACGUAACUAAAUCGAUGGUUGUAUACUAAGAUAUGAGAUAUUAAAGUCAUUAAUCUUAGCCUAGGAUACAGUGUAGUUGAAGUCCCUAAAAUUCAAUUGUUAUUAGUUGAGGGUAUCAGUCAGUUUAUUUCACAGUAGUUAGUAUUUCCCAACUCUAUGUGCAUUCAAAUGAGAUUAGUUCAAAAGUUCUAGCCAUUCUUCUGUUAAAAGAGUAUGGUAUUGCUUAUUCCACUAAUUUAACUCAAAAUUCAAGUGAUAAACAGUUUAUAUUUAGGUAAUAAGGUGCAUCAUCAUUGCCUAACUUGUUUUUUGUUCAAACGUAUUCAUCUACAAUCUGUCAACGUCUAGUUUAGUUUCUACAACUUGAAGUUAUUGUUUAUUGAUAUAUAUAUCACUGUUUUUGACUUAUCACUCAUUUUGUCUUAUUUUUUUUCGCUUGUACAAACAUCAAAAUUCAAGGCUGCUUCAAAAUUCUAUACAGUUCUACUAUUACGUAAACAAGGAGCUGUGGAAUUAGCACAAGAAGUUGCCUACUCAGAUAUUUAUAUAUCCCGUGGACCAAACUUUUUCCGUUUAGUGGAAACAUAAAUUGUUUUCAUUGACCCUUUUUUAAGACGUUCUCUUGCUUCUCUGUUUUUCGCUGUUGUUUCAUACAUACAUACACACACACUGCCUUACUCCACUCAGACGAUCAAAGCUUCACAUUAUCCCUUCAUAUUGCGUUUUUAUUGACUACAUACAUGUAUCUUUGUGAAUCUAUGUAUAUGUAUUACUCUCUCUCUCUGUCUGUCGUUACUUAUAUCAUUGCUUAUUUUUAAAAUGCAUUUCAUAAAAGAGAAUAACUUUUCUGUUUACUUUUUUGAAUUUAUCAUUGCUAUAAUCAAUCCGUGUAUAAAUAUUUGAUUUUUUUUCAAUUAUAUUAAUAUUAUAUACAUGUAUGUAAUUUACUUUUUAAGAUGAUAGUGUAAAUGUAACAUUCUAUUUUUUCGUAUUACAAAUAUAUACAUACCUUU